AUGAAAUCCACCUCCUUGCUCACAGCCUCUGUGCUGUUGGGCUACGCCUCAGCCGCUGUUCACAAACUGAAGCUUAAUAAGGUUCCUCUUGAUGAGCAGCUCUACACCCAUAACAUUGACGCUCAUGUUCGCGCCCUGGGUCAGAAAUACAUGGGUAUCCGUCCCAAUGUCCACCAGGAGCUCCUGGAGGAAAACUCGCUCAAUGAUAUGAGCCGCCACGACGUAUUGGUUGAUAACUUUUUGAACGCACAAUACUUCUCCGAGAUCUCACUUGGCACUCCCCCGCAGAAGUUCAAGGUUGUCCUUGACACUGGUAGCUCGAAUCUGUGGGUGCCUGGCUCCGACUGUACCUCCAUCGCCUGCUUCCUGCACAGCAAGUACGAUUCGUCUGCCUCGUCCACCUACAAGAAGAACGGCACCGAGUUUUCCAUCAGGUACGGAUCCGGCGAGCUCAGCGGGUUUGUGUCUCAGGACACCCUCCAGAUUGGUGAUUUGAAGGUCGAGAAGCAGGAUUUUGCUGAGGCCACCAAUGAGCCUGGUCUUGCCUUUGCCUUUGGCCGAUUUGACGGUAUUCUCGGAUUGGGAUACGACACCAUUUCCGUCAACAAGAUUGUUCCUCCUUUCUAUAACAUGCUGGACCAGGGUCUCCUGGAUGAGCCCGUCUUCGCUUUCUACCUGGGAGACACAAACAAGGAAGGCGACAACUCCGAGGCCUCCUUCGGUGGUGUUGAUAAGGACCACUACACCGGCGAACUGAUCAAGAUUCCUCUCCGCCGGAAGGCGUACUGGGAGGUUGAUUUUGAUGCCAUCGCUCUAGGUGACAACGUCGCUGAGCUUGAGAACACUGGCGUCAUUCUUGACACCGGCACUUCUCUUAUUGCCCUCCCAUCCACUCUUGCUGACCUGCUCAACAAGGAAAUUGGUGCUAAGAAGGGCUUCACUGGUCAGUAUACUAUUGAAUGCGACAAGCGUGACUCCCUGCCCGAUCUCACUUUCACCUUGGCUGGUUACAACUUCACCAUUGGGCCCUAUGACUACACGCUAGAGGUCCAGGGCUCCUGCAUCAGCUCCUUCAUGGGCAUGGACUUCCCCGAGCCUGUUGGUCCCCUUGCUAUUCUGGGAGACGCUUUCCUGCGGAAGUGGUACAGCGUCUACGAUCUUGGUAACAACGCUGUUGGUCUGGCUAAGGCCAAGUAA